UCCCUGCAAAUUGCCGUUAAACUCUAACGGCAUACAGUAUCCAGUGGAGAACUCAGUGAGGUGUCCUUGCAGCUACACAGUAAAUAAUGAAAGGAAAAAGCCUGUUAACUACGCGCUCCAGUGCCACGGUUUCGUCCUCCAUAAGUCCUCACACAUGUCCAGUAAGGACUUAUUAUUCCAGUCUUCCCCAGCGGAUGCUCUUCCAUGUCACCAGCCGUCAUCAGCUGUCUUUUCCAACUGUUGCAACAACAUUUCUAUUGCUUGUUCUUUGUAUCUCAGGUCAAGGAUAGUUACCAAACAAUACAGGGGCUCUGUAUUAAUGUGACGGGAUUGCUGGUUUACCGCCUCCAGGCGAGUGUCCUUCGAUGUUUUGACAAACUGGUCUGAACUUUCUUUUUUCACCUGAUGUUUCAGCAGUUCAACAGAACGGAUCACGUCAGCUGUUGUGGCUGCAGCAGUUUUAUUAAGUAUUUAAAAUUUAGCUUUAGUCGCUUUUUUUAGUCUGGAUUUAGGCAGUUGAACUCCGUUUUAAUUUCAGUCUAAUUUUAGGCAAUAGUUUUCAUGAUACUGUAAUAGAUUUUACUGAAGGAUAUUUCUCCUGACAGUAAAACUUCCAUUGAGAAGUAAACACACCUCGAACUAUGUGUUCAGUCAUUUAGGCUGCAAAUGUGUUACUGACUUACUGAACUUCUUUCAUAUAUCAUAGAAAAAUUAAUGUCUACAGUUUGUUAGUCCCAAUGGAAACACUGUCAUAGACACUACUUUGGCAAAAUACAGUUUUAAGUCGCAGCCCAGGCAGCGAACCUCCUGCUCCUCCAUAGCUUUAGCCACAUUACCUGCAUUAUCCCUUAUCGCAACGUGCACAUUCUUCUUUGCCAAAUUUCACUUUCUAAGCAUGUAUUUGAACGUGAUAAUGUGUUCAGAAUAGCCUGCUUCAGCUCCAACUCUUCCAUCAGCCACUGAGCAGUUAAUCUGCUAGUGGCGCUAAAAUCAGAUAUCCAUAUGUGAGUUGUAAAGCCAGUGUGUCACGUGUCUGUUGUAAAUAUGUGUGGUGCUGAUAACAGAGAAAGUUGACACGCCUACCAAAAAAAAAAAAAAAAUAGCAGCAGGUUUGCAAAUGUUCAACGAGUCAGCAGAAUCCACGAUCUACAACCAAAAAGGGUGAAUCAUCAAGUACCAUGAAUUCAAUUAUCAUGUUGCACUGAAUUCCCACAAGGUGGCUGUAUAAACCAGUGCAUGUAUCAGAAGAAUCGGAAAACCCCCUCAUACACUAGCAUCAGGACUGGGGGCCAAGCAGGAGGAAACAUAUUACGGGGACCAGAAGUUAGAGGACAAUGCGAGUCCACGUGCACACCAAGUUCUGUUUCCUGUGUGUGCUCACCUUCCUCUUCCACCAGUGCAACCACUGCCACGGAGAAGGGCACCAUCCACACAAUGAACAUCACCAUGCCGACCAUAAAAACGCCCACAGUGACCUCCAGAUUUCUGAGGCUCCGUACAUGAGAGGAGCCACUCUGUCCCCUGAGUCCAAGAGUCCCGAAGGGGACGCUCUAGAGGAGGAGCAACGCUUCUACAUCCAGCAGCUGUUCAGGCGUUACGGCCAGAAGGACCGGCUGGAUUUCCAGGGAUUUCAGAGUCUGCUGUUUAGCUUGGGUCUGGGUGAAGUCAAAGUAGUGGAUGUGGAACAUGAAGAUCUGGGCCAUGACCAUGUAGCCCACCUUGACCUCCUGGAUGUGCAGGAGGGGCUUCACUCACAUUCAUCCACCAAUGAAGACCAUGGUGAGGGUCACAGCCACGGGCGUGGUCAUAAACACCACAAGGCCAGCUCGCGUGGACAUAAUCAUGAUCACACCAAGAUGGAAGACAGUGGCCGUAAACAUGCAGAUGGACAUGUGCAGGACACACAUGGUCAUGAUCACACACAUGACAAAGAUGAGCACAAACGUGAGCAGGUCCAGGUGCAAGCUAUCCACAAGGACCUGUCUUCUCAACCUCACAGUGACCACGGCCACAGUGAUCACGACCACAGUGAUCACGAACACGACCAUAGUGAUCACGACCACAGUGACCACGGCCACAGUGAUCACGACCAUAGUGAUCACGACCACAGUGACCACGGUCAUAGUGAUCAUGACCACAGUGACCACGAACAUGACCAUAGUGAUCACGACCACAGUGACCAUGGCCAUAGUGAUCACGACCAUGACCAUAGUGAUCACGACCAUAGUGACCAUGGCCAUAGUGAUCAUGACCACAGUGAUCACGACCACAGUGACCACGGCCACAGUGAUCACGACCACAGUGAUCACGAUCACAGUGAUCACGAUCACAGUGAUCACGACCAUAGUGAUCACGACCACAGUGACCACGACCAUAGUGAUCACGACCAUAGUGAUCACGACCACAGUGAUCACGACCACAGUGACCACGGCCAUAGUGAUCAUGACCACAGUGAUCACGAUCACAGUGAUCACGAUCACAGUGAUCACGACCACAGUGAUCACGAUCACGACCACAGUGACCACGACCAUAGUGACCACGACCACAGUGACCACGACCACAGUGAUCACGACCACAGUGACCACGACCAUAGUGACCACGACCAUAGUGACCACGACCACAGUGAUCACGACCACAGUGACCACGACCAUAGCAACCACAACCACAGUGAUCACGACCACAGUGACCACAACCACAGUGAUCACGACCACAGUGAUCAUGAAAACGAUCGUGUCAAUCAAACGCAGAUCAGCACAGACGCUCCCCCCAUCAACCAGCAACAGCCGCCCUCCGCCCAGCUGGAGCCGUCCCAGGUCCCUCAGGAGACGCAGUCUUCUCCUGCCCCGACAGAAAGCCGGACCAAGAGGACAAGAAACCCAGGGGGGGGCAAAAGACAGCGGGGAAGAAACAAAACAAAUGGUCACGGAAACGGUCAAAGCCAUUCUCACAAAGAUAAGAGAGAAGCACCAGUGGAGCCUGUUACCCCGACCCCACCAGCUCUCUACUUGUCUGGUCAUUCAGGGGGAUUGUCCCAUCAGCACGAGGAGUGUUUGAACCUGACUCAGCUCCUCAACUACUACGGCCUGAGUCCCGAAUCGCUCAUCUCCCCCAGCCAGUUCACCUAUCUGUGUCCGGCUCUGCUCUACCAGAUUGAUACUCGCGUCUGCAUCCGCCAUCAGAGGAACGUAGAGCAGGAAGCCUUGGAGCCCGUCAAUUCCGCGUGGGUCUGGAUCUGGGGCUUCGUGUCCAUCACCAUCAUCAGCCUGCUGUCUCUGCUGGGUGUUGUUCUCGUGCCCAUCCUCAAGCAAUCCUGCUUCAAGUUCCUGCUCACCUUCCUGGUGGCCUUGGCAGUGGGCACGCUCAGCGGCGACGCUCUCCUUCACCUGCUGCCUCAUUCUCAAGGGCAGCACGACCACAGCCAGGUUGGGACGAGCCAUGACGGCGAUCUGCUAACAGCUUUCGAUGGAGUGUGGAAAGGCCUAACAGCGCUGGUCGGCAUUUACUUCCUCUUCAUCAUCGAGCACUGUAUCGGCAUGUUUAAACACUACAAAGACCAAAGGGGCAUGAAGAAGGUGAGCGAGGAGGGCAAGAUCGGCAGGAAGUUGUCAGAUCACAAGUUGAAUCGUCGCUCAGAUGCAGAGUGGCUGCACCUGAAGCCACUCAGUGAAGACCCUGACAGCACCGCCAUCUCCUGUGACAACGGUCACAACGACACACAGCUCUCAGAGCUUCAGACACGCGACUCUCCCACCAACAAGACCCCGCUGACAACCGCAAACCCCCAACACGACCACCCGUCGCCCACCAAGGAGAACGGACGCAAGGUCAAGCAGCACGGUCACGGUCACGGGCACGGUCACUCUCAUGGCGGGAACUGCCACUCAGACCAGGAGAUGAAGGACGCUGGUAUCGCCAGCAUCGCCUGGAUGGUCAUCAUGGGUGAUGGCAUGCAUAACUUCAGUGAUGGGCUGGCCAUUGGCGCCGCAUUCAGUGCAAACCUCACAGGAGGCAUCAGUACAUCAGUGGCUGUUUUCUGCCAUGAAUUACCUCAUGAACUUGGUGACUUUGCUGUGCUGCUGAAAGCGGGGAUGUCAGUGAAGCAGGCCAUUGUCUACAAUCUGCUGUCCGCCCUCAUGGCCUACGUUGGCAUGCUGAUUGGCACAGCUGUGGGCCAGUACACACACAAUGUCACCAACUGGAUCUUUGCCAUCACAGCUGGCAUGUUCCUUUAUGUGGCCCUGGUGGAUAUGCUGCCAGAGAUGCUUCACGGCGACAGCGAGGAACACAAGCGCUGCCAGCUGGGACACUUUAUCCUGCAGAACUUGGGCAUGCUGACCGGGUUCGGCAUCAUGCUGCUCAUCGCCAUCUUUGAAGACCGCAUCGUUUUCGAUUUUGGCUUUUAGCUGGAGGAGUAGAUGGGGCGCGAGGGGGUGAGGGAGGGUAGAGCUGGAUGUAUCAAUGAUGUUCUUCUUGGCCUUAACAUGCUUUGUUUGCGAUGUAACGGCCCAGUCUUGCAUGCAAUGUGAGUCUCAUUCAUGGCCUGUGCCUCCAUUCCAAACAUGCAGCAUUAGCUUAUGCAUAUCUCCUGACUUUGCUAGUGAUGUUUACACUUUGCUCCUCCAUCAACUCUCCUCUGCCAAAAGCAGAGAAGCUGAAUGAAAGAAGAGCGAGGCUACACUCCAACCAGAAAAACACCUCCUCUGCUCUGUACCGGUAAACUCCAUCUGAGAGGAGCUGCUAGAUAGUAAGGUGUCGCAGGACGCAUUCCUGCAGAGAUGCAGCUGUCACGGCCCAGCAGCUCCUCGCCUAUCCAUCAUCACCUGUUGUUAGUGUGUUGUUGUCGUACCCCCCUACUUCCUCGUCUCUUAUCCACCCUGUGCUGUGUCCCAUCAUCCAUGCCUAGUACAUCUGUGGUGUGUUCCACCCGCCAUCCAUCAUCAACUUUUGAUGUCAUCAUGCUGUGUAUCAAACAUCUCGUGUCUCUGUGCCAUGUCCUGGCCACUGGAGCAACACCACAGCCGCACCGCAUACCGUCACAGUGUCCUAAAAGAGACUGAGAGCUCAGUUUAGCAAGCUACUGCAUCUGGAAUAAACCUUUUUUUUUUAUUUAGCUCACCUGCAAAAUGUGUUAACAGCUAUUAAGCUGCAGUGUCAAAGUAGAAAAGUGUUCCCCCGACCGUAUGUAGGAGAUUGUCUAAGUGGCUCAGUGUUAUUUUUAUUUAUUUGUUUUUUUUGCUGCAUUACUUCAGUUAUAUUUUGAUCUUUGGGAUUAUUAAACCUUUGUAGUUGAUAGAGAUAGCUAACACAGCUGCCAAAGCCUUGAUAAAUUAGCAUUUAAGACUAAUCAGUGUUUUUGUUAAGAAUCUAGAUGCCACAAGUGACCAAUUUUUUUUUUAAAAAAGGUUUGACAAUCUGUAGCCAAAUGACACAUAUCCUUGUUAGGCCUUUCCAUUUUAUCUUUCUCUACAUGAAUCAGCAGCUUCAAAAUGUGAAUUCAGAAAAAACUAGUUAUUGUUGUCUUCAUCAAGUGUUGUAGUUUACUAGAUUUGUUUAGUGUGUCUCUUUGAGUUCCUAAAAGGUGAUUUGUCCAGCUGGACCACCCGGCAGUGAACAUUUAAUUACAAUAGGAGAAUAAACGGUUGAGUCACACUAAUUCAAAUUUUCUUAUGUACUGUAAAUACAUGAGAUCUUUAUGGUGUCAGUAGUUGAGCAGCUAAAAGCAAAUUUUUGUUCCUGCUAAAUAGUUUUUGGAGAUACUUCCAUUGAAGAAUCAGUUAACUUGUUGAUCCUGACAAUCGGAGACAGACCAAGCAAAAGGAAGUUCUCUUUUAUCACAGCAGAACGAUAAUCUGUGUCAGCAUUCCUUGCACUUGUAAUGGAUGUUUAACUCAAGUUAUCAAACUCGGGUUAAACUCAUAUUUUUUUCCGGGGAAUGUACAUUAUAGUCACUUUGCUGACUGAGCCAACUGUGUGGAUUUUCAGUGGCUGGUGCUUGACAUGGCCUCUUCCCCCUGCCCCGACAUUCCAUUGGCUGUUCUGCCGCUCACAUGCUAAGCUAGCUAGCCUAGUUUCAGCUGCUAGAGCACACAGGUACGUGUGUGACUUCAUUUAUCCUGUCACUGUGUGACAUCCAUUGUCUAUGUCUUAACUGGCUGUAAAUCAUUGUCAGUCACAUUGAACUCGUGUAAAUGAUCUGACUAAAUCAUGCAUGAAGCAUGAGUGAAAUGGUACAGACAUUGUGUUGAGUGUAAAAUUGUUUUCAUUCUUUGUACUGCAAAGUUAAAAUAUUGACAACCUUUGUUACUUUUUAAAUUAACUGUUUGUGAAGAUCAUGUUCUUUGGGGCCUAGUGUAACUAGUGUUACAAGACUUUUUUUGUUAGCUAAAUGCAAAUGAGGCAGGUUUCAAAUUAUGCAGAUGAUGUGCAGGAGUAAAACUUAUCUGCUGCAUCAGUUAUCUCUCUUAUACAUGAUUUAUUUUAGGAGUCCAUCACGUUUGUACUGUCUGUAACGGCAGUGCAAACACUUAAAAUCCUUGAUUUAUUUUCAUUCUCUGUCAUCAUUUGCUGUCUUUAAAAUAUAACCAUACAUUUUUUCUGUCAAUUUCUAUUUUGAUAACAUGUACAAGUUAAAUCUAAACUGCAUCCAGACUUUGUGACAUUUAUGACACCUCCCCAGAUAACAUGUUUCUUCACUGCAUCGCAAAAAUUGUCGGUAAAAUGAAGGUCCAUGAUUGUUCUCAUUUUUUUUGCUUUGUUUUAUGUAUAUUUGUUUGGUAAUCUGGAUCUAAAAUGCAAAAUGCAACAUCCUUGCUGUUUGCCUGUCUGUGCAUUCUCCCCAUCAUGAAAGGAAAAUAAAUGCUGAAAAGAU